CCAGAUAUAGGCCAUGCACACCACAUCCUGGGCAAAAUACUGUCAGGUCAAGGUAUUCAAUAUAUUCUUGCGAUACAAACAGAUCACUUAACAUUCCAAAUAUUUUACACCUGAUAUUUGAGGUUUUGCAUGGUGUAUUAAGAAUUUGUUCAUUCAUGUAUGAAUCAAAUCUGGAUUUGUGUUAGUGUCUAAAUAUAGAAUCACUGUGUACAGUUUUCAACGCUGUGUGAUUGGCUGAUCAUUAGCUCCAAUGAUUGACAAUACAUCAAGAUGUGUAUUUUUUACCUGAGAUUAUAUACCUACUAGUACUUUAAUUGUACAGAAUGUGUUGUGUUGAUGAGGUCACACGUCUAUGACACAGAUAUGCUGACGGGUGUCCUUUGAACCCUGAAUGUGUACCUGUGAUCAUUGGUGAGAUAACACCUGCUAAGGAUCCUGCUUCCUGGACCAGUCUGAUAUUUCUACCUUGCUGAAAGCCACCUGGAUCCAGGCUCCAAGUGAACAAGUUUAACUAAUGGAUGAAUCAGACAAUAUCCAAAUCGAGAGUGAGGAAGGAAAUGAUGAUCCUGGUUAUCUUACGACCUCCACUGCAGUAGAUAUUGCCAACAAAAUGUACAGCACUGACUCUGAUCUGUCAGACUGGGAGACACGCCAGUUUGGUAGACACAAGAUAACUUCUCCACCCCUUAUCCACAAAAACCAACCCUCCGACAAUGAAGAUAAUGUGCCUCCUGAAUCACCGGGGAAACGAUCAUAUGAGAAGACAUUUGAUACUGUCUCUUUUGAGGCAGCUGCAGAAAAUGUCCAGCUCAGUCCAAGCAAAAAAAAGCACAAGGAGCAGGUUUGGACUGUGGGGAAGGAGAACCAGGAAAGAAUGCCUAAAAACUGGAACAAUUCUGUGUCAUCCAGAGAUAGUGCUCUGGGAAGUUCACUUUUUUCAGCAUUUGGAUCAGUGUUAACAGACAGUUCAACAUCAUUUGACAGCCAGAGCAACUCUGACGACACAACUUCCAGCGUCAACAGCUCUCCUGUACACAGUGUCUAUGGCAGAUACCAGAAAAUUUACACCAAUGACAAAGGAAAGAAUACCAGUGAUAAAGCCUUGAUGGAGUAUGAAAAUCUGUUAUUACAUAGACUUCCUGGAGAAAAUCUGGGAAUGAUUCUUGGAAUUGAAGGAGGAAAAUUUAAUGAAUCAAUAUCAGGUGUGUUUGUAAAAACUGUGACAAUUGGUGGUGCUGCCUAUCGAGCCACUGGAAGUUCAAAGGGCAUUGCUGUGGGUGACGAAAUUCUGGAAGUGAACGGUAUGAACUUGAAGCAAAUGAACCGUGAUGAAUGUAUGACAGUUCUCAAAGAGAUGCCCCUACGUGUAAAUUUGAUGCUGAGGCGGGGAAGUAAAUUUUCUGGCCCAACCUCAUCUGAAGGGGUAUCUCACUUCAGACAAAAGAUGAAGGAGGUCAGUUCUAGGGAGAUGAAGGUGUGUAAGAAUCAGCGCUUAAUACAGAACUAUGCGAUGACCACGACAACAUCUGAGAGUGAAGAUGAUAUACUGGAAGGAUUUGCCCUCCAUCAUGUAGAGGUUGACAAGAAUCCAGAUGAGAGCCUUGGCAUCAGUAUUGUUCCCAGCUAUGGUUCUACAAGAGAAUUUUACCAGGUAAAGAGAUUACUACCCAGUGGAGCAGCAGCUAGGUCGACCAAACUCAAGGUUGGAGAUCGUCUGGUGUCCUGUAAUGCAGUUAGUCUACAAAAUCUUGCCCAGGCUAAAUGUUUGAGUAUUCUCAAAAAUGAGGCUCAACACGGUGAUCUUGAACUAGAAGUCCUUCGCCAAACUGCGAAUGACACUCCUAUGGAAAUAUCAGUGAUCGUUGCCAAUGGUGUAGGAUCUAAACAAUCAAAAGUCUCAUCAUCAAAGGAACAGGAGAUUUAUCCAAAUUCUGGACUUGAAUCUGAGAGUGAUAAUGAUGUUGUUUUGAGUGGAUUUCAUUUUAAUCAUGACAAGAGUAAUUCUGAUAGGGUUAAUCAAAUGUUUGCUAAGAACGUCAAGCAACAAAACCGUGUGCCUACCAGACAUCCACCUCAGAAAUACACUUCCGAAUCCAAUGUGUCUGACCAAGAUUCUGACUACUCUCUGAAAUCUCAACACCAAAAACUUGUUAAGGCAAAAAUGGCAUCAAAUUCCUCUGAUCCUUGGAGCCUGGCGCUGCCACCUCCUGCUGAGUUCUCUGAUGAUGCUGGAUUGACGAGUGAGGCAGGAGCUAGUGAUACAGGUGACGAACAUGUCCCAACAACAAAUAUUGACGAUAUUCUUAGUGACUAUGCACCAUCAAUCUCCGGAUCUUUCAGGGUUGAGCCUUACAACAAGGGUUUACAGCUUAGAGAUGUUUCCAGUGGCUUAGAUCGAUCACAGGAGAGAAAAAGAGGGAAUUCCUUGACACAAAUUCAGGAAAGUUCACAAGAACUGGAAUUAGACUUAAGUACACAAAAUGGAAAAGAAAAUAAAUCUUCUCAAGUGAAACAGACCAAUUUUGAUGAAGCUUCCUUAGAAUUUCCAGAUAAAUCAAUGAACAGUUAUGGAUAUGACACACUCAGAGAACAAAGGCAAGUCAUGGAUGUUUUUGAUAGCUAUUUAACAUCAGAGGAUGACUCCAUUAUGUCGUACAAACAAAGCACAUCUCAUGGAGCUGAAUCUGUGGAGCAAUCCAAUGUUUGUGUCACAUACAACUCUCAAAACAAACCGAGAAACCCUCCUUCAAACCAGAGGGCGAAUGGUUCAUCACGUAGUGAUGGAGACCAAGCUAAAUAUGAACUGAAAAAUGUUAUUCAUGGAGAUACAAAUUUAGGCAAAAAUGUGGUGACAAACUUAAAUUAUGAUGAAAACAUUGUGCCUGUACAGGUAAAAAGAGAAAUGUCUACCCCCCCUAACUGGGGUAAGUACAGUAAGUUCAGCAAACUACCAGCUUCAGUGUUUGACCUCCCAGAAUCUUCUGUUGAUGAAGAGGUUAUUAUUCCUGCAUCAAUUGAGAGAGAAAAUAAAGUGCCUAUAUAUGAAAGUCCUAUGCCACACCUUGAUACAAGUCUUCCACGAGAAAAAGUACCGUCUCGACCUAAACUCCAACCACGAAAAUCCAAAUCUAGUGAAUCAGAAGAAAGCAUGGAGGAAAUAGUUUCUCCUAUCUAUGUUAAGAAAGAGCAAGGUUCGAGGAUUCUGGAAGAAAAACUGGGUACUGAUAUUGAGGAGACAUUUAUCAUUCCUGAGGAAGCAAAACGUGAAAAUGCAUGGAGAGCUGUUCAGCUUGUUCUUAUGACAGAUAAGUGGACAAAAGCAUCAAAAUCGUGUGAUGGACAAGAGGGUGAAGGAGGUGUAUUAAAUGUCUUAUCUGACAUAAAAUCAGAAAAAAUUGAAACCAAUAUUUCAUCAACAGAAGCCAGUAGUGUUACAGGGCUAUCUACAAACCAGCUCUCUACAUCUGUCUCUAGUUCUGGUGAGCUCUCUGUCAUUGCCGUGGACAACAAGUCUACAUCUGUCUCUGGUGAGCUCUCUGUCACUGCCGUGGACAACAAGUCUACAUCUGUCUCUGGUGAAAAUGUUGGGGUCACAGUGACACCUGUGAAUAACCAGCAAAAAUCUAGGCCUGUUUCAGGUGAAAAUAUCAUCAAUGUCAGUGUUGAAAAGAUUCAUGAUUGGCAAAGUUUGGAGAAGAACUCUAGACAAAAGGAACAUAUGAUCACCUCAAGAAUAGAGGAAUUAACCGAUGAAAAUGAGGAAGAAAAUGUCUCAAUAAUACUGGAAGAAAACCUAACAAAAACAGACAGAGGAAUGUCCGAGAGGAAUCUGACAGAUCCACAGCCAACUCACAAAACAAUUGUGUGUAUUGCUGAAGAUAACAAUGUUAACAACUUUGUAAAUAUAGACUGCGAUCCAAAUCAGCCUCUGCCACAUGAAAAUACUGUGACCUUAAAAAAUGCUGUUUUGAUAGAUACAAACCCUUGUGGAGGCCAGUCUUUGAUGCCGCAGAGUGUUUCUGUUUCAUUAACAUCACCUUUGGUGUCUCCAUUGGCCUUGACCCAUUCUCCUACCAUGAAGUCAGGUACUGAUUCCACCCCAUCUAAAUCUCCUGUACCUAGAUCUCCUGUUCCGAGGUCAAGGAAAGGUAUAUAUCCAGACAGAAAAUCUCCAUCCUCGCCACCUAGGGCUGCAUCUCCAGCUGUGAUGUUAUCCAUGGAUACUAGCAAAGAAUCAGAAUCAUCAACAACUGAAAUAAAUGUCACCAAAUCUCCAUCAGUCUCCCCAAAAUCUCCUGGAUCUGUGCUGUCUCCCACCUCAAUUUCGUCUUGUGCAUCACAAAUGUCUGAGGGUGAUAAACAGGCUAAGCCUGUAAAGAAAGAGGACCCACCUGAAGAAUCUGCACCAAAACAAUCAACAAAAUACACAACAUCUGUUGCAGUGACCAAGCCAAGUCUCCUGAGUACUAUAAGGUCCCAGAAAACCAAGACCUCAGGUAACAUGAAACCGUUGUCCUCCAUUAAACCAUUGAAAAUCACUACUAACUUCCAGCCCAAGCCUGUGAAAUAUAGUACAACUAUCAACACUAGACCUUCCCUUCUGUCCACCCUACAUGGGUCUGCUCUCACAACAACCUCCAUGGCAGGGGCCAAGUCUUCAAGGUCAGAGGAUGAACCAUUUCAGGUCAAUGUGCUUAAAGGCAUUUUGGGAUUGGGGAUGAAAGUAAAGGUCACAGCUGAAGGUUAUUCACAGGUUACAGAGGUCCAGCUAACAGGUCCCAUAGCCAAGGACAAAAAUAUUAGGACUGGAGAUUACCUCCUAGCAAUCAACAACACAGAGCUGACUGGGCUCCAGGACAGUAAGGUGCAACAGAUCCUCAGGCUCUUACCUCGUGGCCUUGCCAAAAUCAUUGCCUCAGCAACUCCACCUAGUGGUGACCUCAGAUCCAGUGAUCCAAGAAGAGAUUCUAAGGAACUAGCAAUCAAGCCAGAAGUGUUGGAUAUCAACCCAAGAUCCACCAAGCCAAAGACUUGUGCCCUGCUCCCAGUCCAAACCUCUGGGCCCAAGGUAACCUCCGGGGAUGUUGUAACACCUCUUGAAACCACUAAACAUAUAUCUUCAACCUCCCCAGGUAACCAGGUGACAGAUACAGUAGAGCCAACUGUCAGUAACAAGCUUCAGAGCACAAUAAUUACUAACAGUCAUAAACACGAAAUGGCAAAACAUGAUGUAACAAAGCCAGCAUCUCAUGAAAAGUUAUCAAAGCCAGCAUCUCAUGAAAAGUUACCAAAGCCAGCAUCUCGCGGAAAGUUACCAAAGCCAGUAUCUUGGGAAGAGUUGCCAAAGCCAGCAUCUCAGGAAGACCUGCAAAAGCCAGCAUCUCAGGAAGACCUGCCAAAGCCAGCAUCUUUGGAAGAGUUACCAAAGCCAGCACCCCGGGAAUCUAGAAUUGCUUCAGAGCCUGUUGUUAGGAAGGAACCUCCUCUUAUUGCUCCUAAAUCCAAACUUGACAAGCUUUCAAAACCAGAUCUUAUUGCCCCCUCUAGACCCAUGAUGCAGUCGAGUGGGUACGUUGGGUCGGCGGCUGGAAAGGUUAGACAGUAUGACAGAUCUGGUGUGACAGAAGUGGGGUCUUCUUCAUAUUCCACUCCAAGUAGUUCUAGUUACGUGUCGUCUGCCAGGAAAAGUGUGAUGCCUACAGAGAAGGCAAAGGACAUAGAUUCUACAAAGCCUAUAGAUACUGUUAUAUUCACCUCGAUCAGUGGUUCCAAAAACAUUCCCCCAAAAUUUUCUCAUUAUGAUCAAGAACCGAGACUGAUCCCUUCAGGCCAUGUGGACUAUGUCAUGUCUGCUAAACCAAAAUCUCAUCACAAACCCUCUCUGUCAAAGAAAACUUCAACUGGACCAAUUUGUUCUAAGAUGACAUCACCUACAGAAAAAAAUGCAAUGAAGGUCUCCCCAAGACAAGUCAAUUCUGUUCUUAGUCCACGUAAAAACAAAGACGCUUAUCAAUUUAAUUUGUUCACAGAGUCUUUUCAAAUUGCAGCUCCUACAAAAAAGCUAACAGAAAAUGCCUCGGAAUUUCUCAAACCAAUAUUGCCAACACAGCCAGGUAAGAAUGAUGUGUCGGACAAAAGUGCAUCUGACAUUGAUGUUGUAACACCUAAGUCUUCACAUAAUGUCCAUUCCUCACAGAAGUUGUCUGUGGAAGCAGAUGUCAUCGAUGUUGUUGAUAAGGCGCAUGUUAUUACACAAAGUCUUGUUGAGAGCGAAAACACUGUUAGUAUUGUCAACGUGCUGUAUAGUAAUGCUCACAACUUUCCUGACAUCACCCAACAAGACAGUGUCAGUGAGAAACAACAAGUGGGAGACAAAUUUGCACAGGAAGUGAUAGGUACAGUGGCAUGUACGCCCAAAUCAGUAGACAGCGUAGAAGGUAAGACUUGGCCUGUGCUUCAUGCUUCGGUUGAGGUUUUGCAUGAAGACGAGACUACUAAACCAAUUUUGUCAGACAGCAGCUUACCAAAUAGUAUCUUUAAGGAUGCUAGUUUUGAACAAACUGAUUGUGUUAGUGUGUUACUUCCCCCUGAUGAUGACUCUGAUGCUGAUGAAGUCACCCCUCCCCUUCCUCCCCAAAGUACCAUGCCUGGGGCUUUGAGUAUUGCACAGGAUAUGCUGGAUGACAUUCUCAGUGAGGUUGGGGAGAAGCCAUCAAGCCUACCCAAAGUCUCUCAUCACCUACCAGCUGUGCCUACAACUAUUGCUAAGGAAAUGUUAAGUGACCAGAUAUAUGUCAUUCAGCAUUCUAGAGAAUUAAAUGAAGACUAUAGUGAAGAUAUUUCACUCCUUCCCCCUUCCGUCACUCCCUCUCUUCUUUCCUCCACUCUCCCUCCCUUUCCCUCCUCCAUUUCUCCUAUGGACCUACCUGAAUUGAAUGAAAGCCCCAUACAUGACUUAAGUGGUGUGAUUCCUAAAAGUGGUGGGGCAGGUUGUGGUGUGGUGAAUGAAGAUGGUUUUAGUGCUGUCGGUCAACCUCCAUUGCUGGAUAUACUUGAUGAGUUUGAUGUUAAUACUAAUGCUAACCUCAGUAUCAAUGAUAAUGCUUCGCCUGCAAAUUGCAUGUUAGAUUCAAAAGAUUUGUUGUUUUGUGGUGUAACUCCUUCACCAAAUGCAUGUCCAAAUAUGGCCAUAGACUCACAGCCACAGGCACCUGGAAGCAUGCUCACAGACUCCCAUAGUCAGGACAUGGUGAACAGUAGUUAUGAAUCUGUUUUCUUCCUACAGGAUUCUCCUGGAUUCCAAGGUCGUCCAGGUGAUAAAAAUAACCUUGAGAAAUCUUCAGAUUGUUUCAGAGGAGAUAGUGUGAAUGAUGUUGGAGGACACUUUGUAGGUGGCAGCCCUGUACAUAGUAAUUGUAUUAAUUUAUCCAUGCAGGAUAAUGUGUUAGGUAGUGCUGAUAUUGCUUUUUGUGUUGACAAUUCUGAAAAUCAGAGAAUGGGAGAUAACCCUGAUUUUCAAGAAAACUACCAUGACAAUUCUGAAGACCUUCAUGAUUAUGAUGGUCAGUCAAACUUGCUAUCAUAUUAUCAUCAAAUAAGAAGUGAAUCAAACACCACUGAUAUCAAACUUCUGAACAGUUUUGAUGAUAUCACCAACAGUGAAUACCCCAAUGUUAAGAGUAGACGACGAUGGUCUGUUGCCAUGGGAUCUCAAGAACUAAAUACAGCUUAUAUCAAAGGGUCUGUCAACUCGGACAUUACUCUAGAUGAAUCAAUUAUGAGUUCAGAAAAUCUUGCCAUUCUACUGGAUAAUGCCAACGAUGUUAUGGAUCGGACUGGAUUAUCCCUCGAUGAUGAAAUUGUAGUGGUCAUCCUGCACCGACCAGACCUUAUGAUGACCAUUGGUGUGAGACUGACAGUUGGGCAGCACCAGAAGGCUGUGGUGUCUAGUGUAGAUUCUGACAGCCUAGCAGGGAAAGAUGGCCGUAUUGUCUCUGGUGAUGUCUUACUGUCAGCCAAUGGAGAGUCCCUGACUGCUGACAAAAUGGAUGAUGUCAUGGACAAACUAAACAAGACAAUGUCAUCUCAUAUUGUACUCGUGGUAUCUAAAUCUGACCUAUUGCACACUUUGGUAUCCAUGGAUACUGAUCAUCCCUAUGAUCAAAUAGUGCCAAAUUCACGAAUGAAAGUUAAGGAUGAUGCUGUUCCUGACCUUGGAAAUGUAGUUCAGACAGACAAUAAGGUGAUGGAUGAGGUCAUCGACAAAAGGUCUGAGGUCAUUGUGAGUAAAUCACCACCAAAGGCUCCUGUCAGCAAAUUAGGACUACAGGUCACAGAUAUUGAACUACCACCACCAUCAGAGAUCACAGUAAUAGAUCCACCACCACCAGAGGUCAUGGUAAUAGAUCCACCACCAUCAGAGGUCAAGGUAAUAGAUCCACCAUCAUCAGAGGUCACGGUUAUAGAUCCACCUACACCAGAGGUCACGGUAAUAGAUACAUCACCACCAGAGGUCACGUUAAUAGAUCAACCACCACUAGAUGUCACGGUAAUAGAUCAACCACCACUAAAUGUCACGGUAAUAGAUCCAUCACCACCAGAGGUCAUGGUAAUAGAUCAACCACCACCAGAGAUCACGGUUAUAGAUCCACCUACACCAGAGGUCACGGUAAUAGAUACAUCACCACCAGAGGUCACGGUAAUAGAUCAACCACCACUAGAUGUCACGGUUAUAGAUCCACCUACACCAGAGGUCACGGUAAUGGAUCCAUCACCACCAGAGGUCACCACUUCAUCCUUAAUACCAGUAGUUCCUGAUGCUGUCAAAAAUUCUGAGGUCAAGGUUCAUUUAGGUACAUUCUCCUUUGAGAUGCCAGUGUUUGACGACCCUGUAGAUGACCAAGACAAAGAAGAAUUUGAUGUGGUCAUGACCAAGGGAGUGACCGGACUAGGCUUUCUUAUUGAAGGAGGCAAGGCCUCAGCCCGGGGGGAUGUCCCCCUAACCAUCCGCAGAAUCCUCAAAACUGGACCAGCAGUAAAGUGUGGUCAGUUGAUGGUCAAGGACGAAAUCCGUGAGAUCAACGGUGAGGAUAUAACAGGGAUGAGACACUCAGAGGCCUGGCAACACCUCAAGUUUCUUGAUGACGGUGAAGUUAGACUGAAGAUCUGGAGAAGGAAACGGGACAUCUAAGUUACCUGCUAACCUUACCUGUCACAAACGUUCGUGGGAUAGAAUGGUUUUAUCUUAAAAACAAGUUUAAGAUGAAUUACACAGCUGUCAGUUUGCUGGUGGUGAUCAGUCCACAUGCAGGUUAUAUUAUCCCACUUAUUUGGUUACUCAGUUUUUAUGUGAAUAAGGUAUAUGCAACCAAUUUUCACGAUUUUUAACUCGGUUUACUAUGCUUAUGGAGUAUUUAUGACCACAAAAUAGCAUAACAUUAUAAUAGAAACUUGACAUUUGAAUCAUAAUUUUGUUUUAAAGAGAGAAAUAUUUUAAAGUAAGGUUCCUUGAGUUUGUUUCUAAGACAACUUAGUGACUAGAUGAAAGUGAGACAAAUCAGUUAAAAGUACUAUUUCUUUUUCAUUCUCAUAAAACGUAAGACCAAAUUCUUUGGGAUGGAGUGAUGUGUUAUAAACUUUAAUGACUGUUUAUAUAUUGCUGUUAGGAAGUGAGUCUGGGAGAGAUGGUGCAGCUGUAUCAACUAAUGACAAUGUAUGUAUUGCUGUUAGGAAGUGAGUCUGGGAGGGAUGGUGUAGCUGUAUUAAUUAAUGACAGUUUAUAUAUUGCUGUUUGGAAGUGAGUCUGGGAGAGAUGAUGAAGCUGUAUCAACUAAUGACAGUUUAUAUAUUGCUGUUAGGAAGUGAGUCUGGGAGAGGUGGUGUAGCUGUAUUAAUCAAUGACAGUUGAUGUAUUGCUGUUAGGAAGUGAGUCUGGGAGGGAUGGCGUAGCUGUAUCAAUUAAUGACAGUUUAUAUAUUGCUGUCAGGAAGUGAGUCAGGGAGAGAUGGUGUAGCUGUAAUAAUUAAUGACAGCUUAUGUAUUGCUGUUAGGAAGUGAGUCUGGGUGAGGUGGUGUAGCUGUAUCAAUUAAUGACAGAUUAUAUAUUGCUGUUAGGAAGUGAGUCUGGGAAAGAUGGUGUAGCUGUAUCAAUUAAUGACAGUUUAUAUAUUGCUGUUAAGAAGUGAGUUUGGGAGAGAUGGUGUAGCUGUAUCAAUUAAUGACAGUUUAUAUAUUGCUGUCAGGAAGUGAGUCAGGGAGAGAUGGUGUAGCUGUAAUAAUUAAUGACAGCUUAUGUAUUGCUGUUAGGAAGUGAGUCUGGGUGAGUUGGUGUAGCUGUAUCAAUCAAUGACAGUUUAUGUAUUGCUGUUAGGAAGUGAGUUUGGGAGAGAUGGUGUAGCUGUAUCAAUUGAUGACAGUUUAUAUAUUGCUGUUAGGAGAUGAGUCUGGGAGAGAUGGUGUAGCUGUAUUAAUAAAUGACAGUUUAUAUAUUGCUGUUAGGAAGUGAGUCUGGGAUAGAUGGUGUAGCUGUAUCAACUAAUGACAGUUUAUAUAUUGCUGUUAAGAAGUGAGUUUGGGAGAAAUGGUGUAGCUGUAUUAAUCAAUGACAGUUGAUGUAUUGCUGUUAGGAAGUGAGUCUGGGAUAGAUGGUGUUGCUGUAUCAAUUAAUGACAGAUUAUAUAUUGCAGUUAAGAAGUGAGUCUGGGAGAGAUGGUGUAGCUGUAUUAAUUGAUGACAGUUUAUGUAUUGCUGUUAGGAAGUGAGUCUGGGGGAGAUGGUGUAGCUGUAUUAAUUAAUGACAGUUUGUGUAUUGCUGUUAGGAAGUGAGUCUGGGUGAGGUGGUGUAGCUGUAUCAAUUAAUGACAGAUUAUAUAUUGCAGUUAAGAAGUGAGUCUGGGAGAGAUGGUGUAGCUGUAUUAAUUAAUGACAGUUCAUGUAUAGCUGUUAGAAAGUGAGUCUGGGAGAGAUGGUGUAGCUGUAUUAAUUGAUGACAGUUGAUGUAUUGCUGUUAGGAAGUGAGUCUGGGUGAGAUGGUGUAGCUGUAUCAAUCAAUGACAGUUGAUGUAUUGCUGUUAGGAAGUGAGUCAGGGAUAGAUGGUGUAGCUGUAUCAAUUAAUGACAGUUUAUAUAUUGCUGUUAAGAAGUGAGUUUGGGAGAGAGAGAUGGUGUAGCUGUAUCAAUUAUUGACAGUUUAUAUAUUGCUGUUAGGAAGUGAGUCUGGGAGAGAUGGUGUAGCUGUAUCAAUUAAUGGCAGUUUAUGUAUUGCUGUUAGGAAGUGAUUCUGGGUGAGAUGGUGUAGCUGUAUCAAUUAAUGGCAGUUUAUGUAUUGUUGUUAGGAAGUGAGUCUGGGAGAGAUGGUGUAGCUGUAUUAAUUAAUGACAGUUUAUAUAUUGCUGUUAGGAGGUGAGUCUGUUGGAUAUGGUGUAGCUGUAUUAAUUGAUGACAGUUUAUGUAUUGCUGUUAGGAAGUGAGUCUGGGGGAGAUUGUGUAGCUGUAUUAACUAAUGACAGUUUAUAUAUUGCUGUUAGGAUGUGAGUCUGGAAGAGAUGGUAUAGCUGUAUCAAUUAAUGACAGUUUAUGUAUUGCUGUUAGGAAAUGAGUCUGGGAGAGAUGGUGCAGCUGUAUAAACUAAUGACAGUUUAUGUAUUGCUGUUAGGAAGUGAGUCUGGGAGAGAUUGUGUAGCUGUAUUAAUUAUGACGGUUUAUAUGUUGCUGUUGUAGCUGUAUUAAUUAAUGACAGUUUAUGUAUUGCUGUUAGGAAGUGAGUCUGGGAGAGAUGGUGCAUCUGUAUCAAUUAAUGACAGUUUAUGUAUUGCUGUUAGGAAGUGAGUCUUGGAUAGAUGGUGUAGCUGUUUCAAUUAAUGACAGUUUAUAUAUUGCUGUUAGGAAGUGAGUCUUGGAGAGAUGGUGGAGCUGUAUCAAUUAAUGACAGUUUAUAUAUUGCUGUUAGGAAGUGAGUCUGGGGGAGAUGGUGCAUCUGUAUCAAUUAAUGACAGUUUAUGUAUUGCUGUUAGGAAGUGAGUCUGGGAGAGAUGGGGUAGCUGUAUCAAAUAAUGAUAGUUUAUGUAUUGCUGUUAGGAAGUGAGUCUGGGAGAGAUGGUGUAGCAAU